AUGUCUCAAAAUAAAAAUGAUAUCAUAAUAAUAGAUUCCGAUGAAGAGGAUCAUAAACCUACUACACCACUGCAGAAUAAUCAAAAAAGUAAUAAACCAGAUACAUUUAUAAAUAAUAGUAAUUACAAUAAUCGAAAAUAUACUAAUAAUAGCAAUAGCAAUAGCAAUAGCAAUAAAAAUAGUAAUAACAGUAUUGGAAAUAGCAGCAGUAGUAAAACAAAUAAUAGUAACUCUCCAAAAAAUAUUUCAAAAUCAAACUUACCCAAAUAUAAUAGCGAACAUAGAAGGAAAUUUUUAGCAGAGAUUCAUGAAAAAAGAUUGGGUAUUGGUAAAAGCAUUCAGUGUAUAGAGAUUGAUGAGGACUUUUUUAGUGACAACAAUAAUAUAGAUGAUAUAAAUAAUAAAUAUAUUGUAAAAGAGGAAAAUAGUAAUAUAAAUAAACCAGCCACAACAACAAAAACAUCAGCAUUACCAAUACCAACAACAACAACAACAACAACUACAACAACAAAUUUAAAUAAAAACAAUGUAAAUAAUUAUAGCACCAAUAACAAUGUAAAUAAAAGCACCACAAACACACCAUUCGAUUUUCAAGCAUCAUUAAAAUUAAGAAAAGAAAUUGAUUCAAUUCGAAACUCAAGACAUCAAAGCUAUAGAAAUAAUAAGCUUGGGCAAAAGAAAAUGUAUAGUUUAGAUGAUAUAGAACAGUUAAAAAAAGAUGAAAACAACCAAAGAAUCAUAGCAGCCUCAAUGGAUACUACCAUUAAACCGCCUUCACAUGGUGUGCAUACAAUUGAUAAUACUCUGCAACAUCCUGAAGCAAUAGGUAGAAAAGCACUAGAAUUAACAAAUACAUUUAGAAAAACUCUGAAUUUACCGCCAUUAUUAUGGAAUCAACCUGUUUAUUUAGUUGGUGUUGAACAUAGCAAAAAUAUGGGUGAAAAAAUAGAAGAGUUUGGGCAUGGAGGAUUUAAAGAAAGAGUAAAGAAAUUUCCAUUUAAGUUUAAAAGUGUUGGGGAAAAUGUGGCAUAUACAAACUCAAGCAAUGUUGCAGAGCACGCUGUAGAUGGUUGGAUCAACUCACCAGGUCAUAGAAAGAAUUUAGUUGGUAACUUUAAUGUAUGUUCUAUUGGAGUAUACAAAAACUCUGAAGGGUUUUGGUAUUUAACUCAACUAUUUGCUUUAUGCUCAUAA